AGCCCGAGCCGAACUCAGACUUACCGAACCGAGCCCGAGCCGAACUCAUACUCACCGAACCCGAACCCGAACUUGAACAAUGAAAUCGAACUCGAACUCGAACCCGAACCCCGAACCGUUCGCACCGAACUUCCGAACGCUAGUUCGGGCUCGUUGCAUGCCUAGUGCCGAAGCGAGUGAAAGAUGUAAUAACAUCAGCAUGUGUUGAAUGUGUGGUUCAAGAUGGUCGAGCAUUUCAUUUAUUAAAAGGAUCAGGCUUUAUUCGAUUAGCUAAAGAAUUGUUCAAUAGUGGCAAGCUUCUGUCUUUAUCAACAAAUAUACAAAUUGAAGAUUUAUUACCUAAUCCAACAACCAUAAGUAGAAAUAUUGAUCGACUGUAUACUUAUUAUAAAGAGAAAUUAAUCGAUCUUUGCCGAUCAAUGGAUAGUUUUUGUUUGACAGUUGAUUUCUGGACUGAACCCUACACUGGUUUGUCAUAUUGUGGUUUAUCACUUGGUCACGUUGAUCUUCAAUUUCAACCACAAACAUUUCUCAUUGGGUGUUACCCAUAUCAAAUGGAAAAUAAACGUGCACCAACGAUUAGAUCAUUUAUUGAUACUGUUCUCAACGAGUUUGGACUAAAAUUGAAUCAAGAAAAAUUUGUCAUGAGUGAUAACGAACCAACAAUGAAAUGUACAUUUAAUUCCAAUUGCAAAAGAGUUGGCUGUAGUGAUCAUUACUUGAACAAGCAAAUGCAACAUGCCUUUACGUCAACAAUUAUCGAUGGAGAAAAUGUUAAUUGCGAAUCGGCUCAAGAUAUGUUUGAUGAUGUCAAACGUAUUCUUUCAAGUGUUCGCCGAAUGCAUAAACAACAAGAUUUGUCGAAAAAUUUGGUUAUAUAUUCAGAUACGCGCUUUGGUGGUGCUUUCAAUAUGUUGGUCCUAUUCUCGGAUGUGUUCGAUGAAGUAGCUGAAAUUCUUGAUUCAAAGCUAUUUACAAUUUAUAGCAGAAUUGAUAAAGAUCUUUUAUCUGAUAUUUGUGAAUUUUUAUCUCCAUUUAUUACUGUUCUUGAAACUCUAAGUGAUAAUAAGCGACCAACGCUUCAUCGUGUAGUACCAUUCAAGCAAUUCCUAAUUAAUAAAUGUGAUAUUGGUAAUGAUGAGAAACAAGGUGUAAAACAAUUGAAAUUGUUUUUGCGUAUGAAAUUUAAAAAAUAA